CCGGCUGCAAGAUGGAGGAUAGUAACCAGCUUCAGGUCGCACGCUCGGAGGGUGAACUGUUACAGUGCCAGGUUCGAGCAUUGAGGGCUGAGCUCCGCAAUCUAAGGCAACAAGUCACCAAAGCUGGCCAUGUCCAUAAGAAAUCUAUUGAGGACCUGUAUUCCUUUCUGAAUGUCUUGAAAAAGGACUCCAACCAGGAUUGUUUACCUAUCAAACAUCGAGAUGAUAGCGUACCCCUCUCUUUGGAGAAAGGAAACAUUCAAACAGUACCCAUUGGAUAUAUUGAAUCCUGCUUCACUGCAAAAAAUGGCACCCCACGACAACCAACUAUAUGUAGUUUGUCCCGUGCACGACUUAAAAUUAGCAAGAUAAUUUUCAACAAUGCGGAGCACUCACUCAUGGGCUUGGAUCAAUUUUCACAUGUCUGGAUUAUCUUUGUUUUUCACAAAAAUGGACAUCAGUGUUAUAAAGCUAAAGUCAAACCUCCGAGACUGAAUGGGUUAAAGACUGGAGUCUUUUCUACAAGAAGUCCUCAUCGUCCCAAUGCGAUAGGUUUAACACUGGCAAAGCUGGAUAGGAUUGAAGGUGACAUGGUUCAUCUUUCGGGAAUUGACAUGAUACAAGGAACACCAGUACUGGACAUUAAACCAUAUAUUCCAGAUUAUGACGCACCUAGAGGUGAUCCACCACAAAACAAUGGUCAAUUGCAUCAGGAGAUUCUUAUGCCAAAUCAACAGUGUCAAGGUAUAGCCAUUCCAAUCACUGGGGUGGUGACUAAAAACUCAGAGAAACCAGUCCAUGUUAAGGUAGCUUCAGGUACAGCAGAGGCAGUUUACACCAACUGGGUACAACCUGCUCAGAGAGAUGCACCAUGUUCAGUCAAAAAGACGGAUGAUGAUUUUACUGGAGAAGACUGGUGGCCAGUACCAGUAGGAGGUGCAGUUUCAGCCUGCACUGUGGAUGAAGCUGCAGACAAACAGCAGUGUUGCACCCCUAAACUAAAAGCUAAGAAAAUUGAUGUAGUUGCUGGAAAGAAGGAUGCUUCUUAUGAAAAUAUACACUUGGCUGUGGAGAAAAUAGAAUGUCAACUUGUCCACAACGAUGCAAUAAAGCAAGUAACUGCACAUGAUAAAGUUAUUUGCUUAAAUUCUGAGCAGUUAAGUGCUACAACGGUUCAUCAGAAUAAACAGCAAAAGGAUGUAGAUGCCAUUAACAUACCUGGGAGCCAGUUGUCUAACAGUGCGAUUGCCACUUGGAUAAAACAGUCACCUGUACCAUCCUUACAGGUUCGGUUCACUCCUCAUGCAGAAUUGGAUCUGCAGCAGUUUCAGGCUCCAAGUGGGACAGAUCCAGACAAAGCAUCACUGAAAUAUUUCCAGUCUGUUAAGGAAGCAAAGUCUGCCAUUGUGGCUGUGCUAUCAGCUGAUCCAAGAUCCAUCUAUCGUAGGAAGCAAUGCCAGGACAUUCUGUUUUACUUCACUGUAGACAUUGCCCACAUCACCGCUUGGUUUGGAGAUGACUUUGCUGAAAUCUUGAGGGUAAAACCAGUGGAAAAGGAUGCCUAGACUGGAACUGUUGGAAGAGGAAUUCCUGAUCAAAACUGCAAACAUUGUUAACAUUGCAUGUUCCAUAAAACUAAAAACCAAUGUUUUUCAGCCCUCCAUGUGUGAAUUUUUGCUUCAUUUAUAUUUAUUUCCUUUUGACUUGUACCACUUUUCAUCUAACAUCACAUUACUGAGAUCACAUUUGGAGUAAUGUUUGGAGUAUUUAAGAAAGCAUGUUAAAGUCCUGGAGAAAGUGUAAAGGAAAUUUAAGAAUUUCAGGAAUGACAGAUUUUUGAUACAAGGAAAUAAUAGAGAAAUUGGACUUAAUUAUCUUCGAGCAGAGAAGAAUAAGAGGUGACCUUACUAAGGUGUUCAAAAUUAUGAAUAGUUUUGACGGGGUAAUGAAGAAUAUUCUGUUUCCAUUUCACUAUGUCAGUGACUGGAAUUGCAAUUGCAAGAUUUCAGCAAGGAAUAAAUGAAGAGAAACUUCUUUACUCAAUUGUUAGGAUUUGGAAUGCACUCUCUGGGAGAGUGGUGAAGGUGGAUUCCAUAGGUUUCAACAGUGACCUGGAUACAUAUUUUGAAAGUGAUGAAUUUUAAGGGCUACAGAGAAAUGGCUGGCAAAUGGGACUAACUGGAUAGUUCUCAGAAAUUGGUGCAGACAGGAUGGGCUGAAUGGCUUCCUUCUGCACUGUAAAAUUCUGAUUCUACCAUCUCCCCAUGCCUUAAGUUUAUAUAGAUGGUUUCUAUUAUAUAUUAAUCCAUAGUAGUUAGCUUCAUUGUUGGUAUGGUGUUGCACCAAUGAGACAUUUUAAAAAUACGCAUAAUGGAAAAAUAUAAGUAAAGACCAUGACUUUAAAAUAAAAACUGAAUUAUGGCUGUUAACUUUUUGUCUCCUUUCAUCUAACUAUUCUUCAUCUGAACACUAAACUUAAUCUAAAUUGUCCAAAUAGAACAAAGAAUAAAGAAAAUUUAUGGCCCAGGAACAGACCCUUUGGCCCUCCAAGCCUGAGCCGAUCCAAAUCCACUGUCUAAACCUAUCAUCCAAUUUCUAAGCAUCUGUAUUCCUCUGCUCCCCACCUACUCGUGCAUCUGUCCAGACACAUCUUAAAUGAAUCUACCAUGUCUGCCUUUACUACCUCUGCUGGCAAUGCAUUCCAGGCACCUACCACCCUCUAACGUACUUGCCACAUGUAUCCCACUUAAACUUGUCACCUUGAAAGCGUGAUCUCUUGUUAUUGAAUCCUUCCCCGGGAAAAAGAUUGUACCAAAUUGAUUUUAGUGUUUAUUUAUUUUUGUCCUUGAAUAUUUUCUGGCUAUGUAAAUCAUAAGUAAAUUGAAUUCCCAGCAUAUUACCACAAUAUUUAUCUCUUCAGCUGUACAGUGAAUUAUGCUGACCUUAAAGGUUAUAUGAGUAACAUUUCUGUUGGGGGAUUCCCCUACCAGCAUUUCAAUUUAACCCAGUCUCUGGGAUUUUUAUCAAAACUUAUUUUCCCCAAUGUGUUGGAGUUUGACGUGCUUCUUUCUGACUGAUAAGCAGUGUGAUUGAUGGAAAUGAUUGCUGCUGAGUGCUCAAAUCUGAGAUGUGGCUUUCUGUAAAUAAAAAGAAAAUUGAUUAUCUAAUCUUUGCUCAGUAAACCAAUGUCCAAAAGGAUUAAAACAAAACUGUAAUUAACUUGUUCCUUUUUUAGUGCUUUUGUUAAAUGGUUUAUUUUAACUAAAGCACUGUAGCCCACCCUCUUGGAGUUGAAUAUAGAUUGGAUCACAUCCACCAAAAAUAUCCAGCUGAAUUUUGGGUUGUGUAGCCUGGGCAUGUACCAACAUUGCCUUUUAUUGUUUUGGUGCAGAGACUUAUGAGUUGUUAGUAUGGCAUUGAUUUGCAAAACUGUAAAUAAAUGUGUUGGCACAGCAAUCCACAUGUGCAGAACCUUGGCUAGACAAUAUGUGUGUAAUAUGCUUGGUUAUAUAGUCCUCUUCAUUCCAUUGUAUUGCUAAACUCUUAAAGAACUUGCUAUUUUAAACUUUUCAAAAUUAAUUUAAGGAAA